AUGGGUGACUACUUGACUCCUUCUGAAUUGCCACAGCCAAAAUUAACUAGAACAAAUACGGGAUUCACUCCCAAUCAGAUUAUCGCUCUUGAUACAUCGAUCCCUGAAUCUUCGAAGAAGAUUUGGAAAAAGCACACACAUUUAAAGCCUUUUGACGUUAAGGAGAAGAGAUUUAAGGAUGAAGAGACAAAGAAGAACACCCCGUUGAAUGAUAAUGAAAAAUUCGAGGAGGAAUUCAUCAAACAUGUUGAAAUUACGUUGGCUAGAAAUAUGUACAACUGUGAUAAUUUAGGUGCGUAUCAGGCUGCUUCAAAUACAAUUAGGGACGAAUUGUUAAUUGAUUGGGCCAAUACACAACAGAAACAAACAAUUCACGAUGGUAAGCGGGUAUACUACUUGUCUUUAGAGUUUUUGAUGGGUAGGGCUAUGGACAAUGCUUUGAUCAACUUGAAAAGUAGAGAACACACCAAGAGUGCAUUGCGAGAAUUGGGAUUCAAUUUGGAAGAUGUAUUAGAUCAAGAACCUGAUGCCGCAUUGGGUAACGGCGGUUUAGGUAGAUUAGCAGCAUGCUUUGUUGACUCCUUAUCAUCCAAAAACUAUUCCGGAUGGGGCUACGGUUUGAAUUAUCAGUAUGGUAUUUUCCAACAAAAGAUAAUUGAUGGUUAUCAGGUUGAACAACCAGAUUAUUGGUUAGAAUACACGAAUCCUUGGGAGAUAAACAGAAGUGAAAUUCAAAUCCCGGUUGAUUUCUUUGGUUAUGUAUACGAAUCUUACGAUACCAAUACAGGAAGACCAAAGAAAAUUUGGAAUGGAGGAGAACGUGUGUUAGCGGUUCCUGCUGAUUAUCCAAUUCCUGGAUUCAACACUGAAAACACGAAUAAUUUGAGGUUGUGGAAUGCAAAACCUACAAACGAAUUUGAUUUCAAUAAAUUUAAUGCUGGUGAUUAUCAGCAGUCUGUUGCAUCUCAACAAAAGGCUGAAUCUAUCACCUCCGUAUUGUAUCCAAAUGAUAAUUUCAUGCAUGGUAAAGAGUUAAGAUUGAAGCAACAGUAUUUUUGGGUGGCUGCUUCGUUGCAUGACAUUGUCCGUCGUUUUAAGAAAAACCACAAGGAUAACUGGAAAAAGUUUCCGGAUCAAGUUGCAAUUCAAUUGAACGACACUCACCCAACUUUAGCAAUUGUUGAGUUACAAAGAAUUUUUGUCGAUUUAGAAGAAUUACCAUGGGAUGAUGCUUGGUCGAUUGUGACAAGAGUGUUUGCUUAUACUAACCACACUGUUAUGACAGAAGCAUUAGAGAAAUGGCCAGUAGAAUUGGUGAGUAGAUUAUUACCACGUCACUUAGAGAUCAUCUAUGAUAUCAACUUCUUUUUCUUGAAAGCUGUGGAGAGCAAAUUCCCAAAAGAUCGUGAUUUGCUUAGAAGAGUAUCAAUUAUUGAAGAAGAAAACGGAAAAUCAGUUAGAAUGGCGUACUUAGCUAUAAUCGGUUCUCAUAAAGUGAAUGGUGUUGCAGAAUUACAUUCUGAAUUGAUCAAAACCACGAUUUUCAAAGAUUUUGUAGCAUUUUUUGGUGAUGACAAGUUUAUGAAUGUCACAAAUGGUAUCACACCAAGAAGAUGGUUGAAACAGGCUAAUCCAGAAUUGGCAAAGUUAAUCAGUGAGAAGUUGAAUGAUCCAAACUAUAGUUAUUUAACCAAUUUAGGAAAAUUAAAAGAGUUGGAACAGUUUGUGGACGAUGAUGAAUUCUUGAUCAAAUGGGACAUCAUUAAGUUCAACAAUAAAGUUAAAUUAGCUACCUUGAUCAAACACUUGACAGGAAUUACCAUCGAUCCAACAGUUUUGUUUGAUAUUCAAGUUAAGAGAAUUCAUGAAUACAAAAGACAACAAUUAAACAUCUUUGCAGUAAUCUAUAGAUAUUUGCACAUCAAAGAACUACUUGCAAAGGGCGUUAGUGUCGAGGAAAUUAAGUUGAAAUACUAUAUUUCAAAAUGCUCGAUUUUUGGCGGUAAAGCUGCUCCUGGUUAUUAUAUGGCAAAAACAAUCAUCCACUUGAUUAACGUGGUUGCUGAUGUUGUCAAUAAUGAUGAGGAAAUUGGUAAUUUAUUGAAAGUUGUGUUUAUUCCUGAUUAUAAUGUUUCGAAGGCUGAAAUCAUUAUACCUGCCUCCGAUUUAUCAAACCAUAUUUCUACAGCAGGUACCGAAGCUUCAGGUACCUCCAAUAUGAAAUUCGCGUUGAAUGGUGGCUUGAUCAUUGGUACUGUUGACGGUGCCAAUGUCGAAAUCACUAGAGAAAUUGGUCAGGAGAAUAUCUUUUUAUUCGGAAAUUUGGCCGAAUCAGUUGAAGAAUUAAGACAUAAGAACGUCUAUAAUGGAGUUAAUAUCCCCGAUUCUUUAAAGAAGGUAUUCAACGCCAUCGAGUCUGGUAGAUUUGGUAACCCUGAUGAAUUUCAUACGUUGAUAGAAAGUAUUAGAGAUCAUGGUGAUCAUUAUCUUGUUACUGAUGAUUUUGAUCUUUUCUUGGAUACACACAUCAAAUUAGAAAACAUUUACGGCCACCAUGGAGGAGAUGCAAAAGAUAAGGACCACUUACACAAAUGGGUUAAGAAGUCUGUCUUGAGUGUUGCAAACAUGGGUUUCUUUAGCUCUGACAGAUGUGUCGAUGAAUACGCAGAAAAUAUUUGGGAUGUAGAGCCAUUGAAUCCUUAG